AUGCUCGAUCUUGCUGCGCAUUGGCUUGACGAAUGUCAGUCAGGCCACGAAGAAUGCAGGAGAUACCCUGCGCCGUCGUGGUACCCAACAAGACUACUUCGUCUUGAAGGCGGAAAGGCCCAUCUGAUCAGGACUGCCGAUGAGAAGCCAUCCGGACCAUACGCGACACUCAGUCAUUGCUGGGGCAGGAAGGAAUUUUUGAUCUUGACGCGCGUAACCGAAACAGUGUUCACUUCUGGACGUCCGAUUUCGGAUUUCCCUGCUACACAUCGCGAAGCAAUGCAAGCUGCACAACGUCUCGGAUUCAGCCUCAUCUGGAUCGACUGCUAUUGUAUCGUUCAAAUUACAACUCCCGAUAAGCUGCACGAGAUCAGUCGGAUGCAAGAUGUCUAUGCAAACACAACUCUGAAUAUAGGCGCAACUAGCGCCGAGAAUGCGUACAGUGGCUGCUUC